AUGGAAGUUCCUGUGGUUAUCCAAUUAGGGAACAAGUUUUGCGUAUGUGGAAGGGCAGGUGACAUAGAUCCUAUAGAUAUGAGGCAAAUCCCCGCUGACUGGCUAGAAGAUGAGUUGGCCGUAUUUGAUUUAAUGAGAUUCUGGAUUCAUGAUACUAUUAUGUGCAUGCCAAAUCGACUUAAAAUUGUAAUUUUAGAGAAUGUGCUGCUAGAUGUACCUAAAAAGAAGCGAUUAUGUCAUGUAUUACUGGAUAGGCUUAUGGUCAGCAGCGUGGUAUUUUUGCCUGACAUAUUGAUGGCAUGCGUCGCGGGAGGUGUAACGGAUGCAAUAGUUGUUGACAUUGGGUGGGAGAAUACGGUGGUUGCUCCAAUUAUGGAUAUGAGAAUAUUAGAACAGCAUAUGGGUAUUAGUAAAAUAGGAGCUAAAUGGAUUGGCAGUAAGUUAUCUUCUACAUUCGAGAUUGAUGGGGAGAAGAUUGUACGAAUGAUUAAAUUAGAUACUGACAUUAACUGCAACGGCGUUCAAAUCGAAUGGCGUGACAUUGAGGAUUGCAUGGAAAUACUUUGGAAUAUAAAUAAGCAGGAUCCUGAAUGUGACAUAGACGAAUUUCCUAUUAUUUCCUUAGUCCUGGAAUCCAUUAAACAAUUGCCUAUAGAUGUGAAGAGUAAAGUUCUACAAAAUGUUAUAAUUAUAGGGGGACUAUCAAAAAUUCAAGGACUCAAGGAACGUUUAAUAGAAAAUUUAAGGUAUGCACAUACUAAUGCCCGGGGAAUAAAUAUCCUUAAAGUUUGGCAGGGUGGAAGCAUUUAUACAUAUCAUUCACUCAUGCACAAUGAUUUAGACCAAAUGGAAGUCAAUAGAGAGGAAUUUAAAAGCAGUGGGAUUGUUCCAGAUUGGCAGUUACAGAGGUUUAUGUAA